UAUCCUGAGAUAGAAAUUUAUUCUUCAAUGUCCAUUAGUCAUACAGGUUAUAUGUUGCUCCAUUUAGCUCUCAGUGAAAAAGUAGACCAGAUGUUAUUUUAGAUGGCUCAUCUGAAGCAGGGAAACCAAAUCUAGUUUUUCCAGCCAGUGGCCAACCCAUGUAAAAUAGAGUGACCCGUAUCUUUAAGGACCAAGUGAGGGAUUUCUCUCGGUUCGGUGUUUGUCCUUGACCCCUGUGCAUAUGGUUUGAGCGCGUGAGCAUGCUGGUCAUCCUCUUGAACUGCGUGACCCUGGGCCUGUUCCAGCCAUGCGAAGACAUACGGUGCCAGUCACAGUGGUGUGCCAUCCUGCAGGCAUUCGACGACUUCAUUUUUGCUUUCUUCGCUGUGGAGAUGGUCAUUAAGAUGGUGGCCCUGGGGAUCUUUGGACCCAAGUGCUACCUGGGUGACACGUGGAACCGUCUGGACUUUUUCAUUGUUAUGGCAGGGAUGUUGGAGUACUCGCUGGAUGGCCACAACACCAGCCUGUCAGCCAUCCGGACUGUGCGUGUGCUCCGGCCCCUGAGAGCCAUCAACAGGGUCCCCAGUAUGAGGAUCCUGGUGACCCUGCUACUUGAUACUCUGCCUAUGUUAGGCAACGUUCUCCUGCUCUGCUUCUUCGUCUUCUUUAUAUUCGGCAUCGUAGGGGUGCAGCUGUGGGCGGGGCUGCUGAGGAACCGCUGCUUCCUGGAGGAUGAUUUCAGGAGGACACACAACCUGUCCUUCCUCAGUCCCUACUACAAGCACGAGGAGACUGAGGACACACCUUUCAUUUGCUCAUCGGUGCGCGACAACGGCAUGCUGCGCUGUCACAACGUGCCGCCGCUGAAGGAGGCUGGGGUCGAGUGUCACCUCGGCGUGGCCCCUUCCAACCACACAGAGGAGGGGCCUGUCGCCACCAGCGCCGCUGGCUGCAUCAACUGGAACCAGUACUACAACGUGUGCCGGCCCGGCGAGCUGAACCCUCACAAAGGGGCUGUUAGCUUUGACAACAUCGGAUACGCUUGGAUUGCCAUCUUCCAGGUGAUCACCCUUGAGGGGUGGGUGGACAUCAUGUACUACGUCAUGGACGCGCACUCCUUUUACAAUUUCAUAUAUUUCAUAUUGCUCAUCAUCGUGGGCUCCUUCUUUAUGAUCAACCUGUGCCUGGUGGUGAUCGCCACGCAGUUCUCGGAGACCAAGCAGCGGGAGAACCAGCUGAUGCAGGAGCAGCGGGCGCGCUUCCUCUCCAACGACAGCACGCUGGCCAGCUUCUCCGAACCAGGCACCUGCUACGAGGAGCUGCUCAAGUACGUGGGCCACCUGUACCGCAAGCUCAAGCGCCGGGCGCUGCGUGUCUAUGGCAGGUGGAAGACGAAGCGCCGCAAAAAGGUGAAUCCCAACAGCGCCGGGGGAGAGGCCAGACGCUGGCGGGGCCGGAGGAGCAAUGGGCGCCACGGUCGCUCCGUCCAGCACCUCGUCCAGCAUCAUCAACACCAACCCUACCAUCACCACUACCCGCUCAGCAAUGGCAGCCAGGGGCCACGGGACACCCUGGAGACAACUGACUUCUGGAGGCCUCAAAACUGCCUCGGAGAUGGCAUGAACUACCCCAUCAUUGUGCCCUCAACCCUCUGCAGUCACACGGCUGCCACCCCCAGGGGAAAGGGCAAGAAAACGUCGGGUAACACCCAGGGCUACAGCACGCCAGACCUUUACACCAAGCACACGUUUGCUCGUGAGCAGGGCCUACACCUCCCAGCAGGGGGCACCACCCCUAGUUGGCUGCAGCUCGAGACGAUUGGCUGCCCAUACUGUGACAGGCGUGAGCCCGGCAACACGGACAGUGACGGCUCGGAGGGUGAGGCAGUGCUCGAGUUCACCCGUGACCCGGGACGCAAGUGGGGAGGGGCCCACGGGGGGCGUCGUUCAGCCAUCCGGCACUGGGACAAGUUCCAGACCAAGCUGAGAAGAAUUGCGGAGAGCAAGUACUUCAACCGCGGCAUCAUGAUUGCCAUCUUGGUGAACACCUUGAGCAUGGGCAUCGAGUACCACCAGCAGCCCGACGAGCUGACGGACAUCCUGGAGAUCAGUAACGUGGUCUUCACCAGCAUGUUCGCUCUGGAGAUGGUGCUCAAGCUCCUGGCCUUCAGCAUUGUGGGCUACAUCAGGAACCCCUACAACAUCUUCGAUGGGAUCAUCGUCAUUAUCAGCGUGUGGGAGAUCCUGAGCCAGGCGGAGGGCGGACUCUCGGUGUUGCGCACUUUUCGCCUGCUUCGCGUGCUCAAGCUGGUGCGCUUCCUGCCCGCUCUCCGGCGACAGCUGGUAGUGCUCAUGAAGACGAUGGACAACGUGGCCACCUUCUGUAUGCUCCUCAUGCUCUUCAUCUUCAUCUUCAGUAUUCUCGGAAUGCACCUUUUCGGCUGCAAGUUCAGUCUGAGGACAGAGAAUGGAGACACUAUCCCGGACAGGAAGAACUUUGACUCCUUGCUGUGGGCAAUUGUCACUGUGUUUCAGAUCUUGACCCAGGAGGACUGGAACGUGGUGCUGUACAAUGGCAUGGCCUCCACUACGCCCUGGGCCGCCCUCUACUUUGUGGCCCUCAUGAGCUUUGGGAACUAUGUCCUCUUCAACCUGCUGGUGGCCAUUCUGGUGGAGGGCUUUCAGGCGGAGGGAGAUGCUAACAAGUCGGAUGCAAGCGAGGAUAAGCUGUCGGUGACCUGCCAGGAGGAGGAGAAGCAGAUGGAAAUCCACACCUCAGGUGACACCGCAGAAACAAGGACGUGCUUUCUAAUGAUGGUGGCGAAUGGCCACAUGGAGCCCAGCGGCUGCAUACCCACACCGACCAUCAUGCGCACUGCAGCCACGCCCACCCCCACCCCUAAGGGCUCCCUGGGGGCCGAGUCCACGCAAGGCUUCGACGACUCGCGCAGGGGCAGCGGGGCCUCCAUCGACCCCCAUGUCUGCGUCCAGAGGUCCCUGUCCAGCCACCCCAGCUCCCCUAGUGCCCCGCGGGGGGCUGGCAGCUCCUGGGGCAGCCGACGCUCCAGCUGGAACAGCCUGAGCCGAGCGCCCAGCCUGAAGCGGCGCGACACGUCCGGGGAGCGAGAGUCACUGCUCUCGGGAGACGGGCGCGGCAGCCUCGACGACUCGGACGGCGAGGGCGGAGUGCCGGGCGGGACGCCCCCUCCUCAGCUGCAGCAGCAUCCCGUUUCGUUGGACCCCGCGGCGUGCUUGUCGGGGAAGCGUCUCAACUGUAGCAGCAGGACCCCGCAGCUGCCCUCCUGCGCCGAACCGGGACCGCAGCGCCCCAAAGAGGACCCCGACGUGGACGAGGAUGCGGACGAGAGCUGUGCGUUCCGCCUGAGGAAGUUUCUGGAGAGCUUCCGGCCCAGGUGGUGCAUCGAGCGUGCCGAGUGGUCCCUCUAUGCAUUCUCUCCACACAACCAGUUCCGCAGGGCGUGCCAGAGGCUCAUCUCGCACAGGAUGUUCGACCACGUGGUGCUGCUGUUCAUCUUCCUCAACUGCAUCACCAUCGCCUUGGAGCGGCCCGACAUACCGGCCCACAGCACGGAGCGUGUGUUUCUCAGUGUCUCCAAUUACGUGUUCACUGUGAUCUUUGUUGCUGAAAUGGCCGUGAAGGUGGUGGCGCUUGGCUUCUGCGCGGGCAAAGGCAGCUACCUGCGGAGCAGCUGGAACGUGCUGGACGGCGCCCUGGUCUUCGUCUCCAUCGUUGACGUCCUGGUGCUGCUGGCGUCCGCCGGUGGCAACCGCAUCCUGGGCAUCCUGAGGGUGCUGCGCCUGCUGAGGACCCUGCGGCCCCUGAGGGUGAUCAGCCGCGCCCCGGGGCUCAAGCUGGUGGUGGAGACGCUCAUUACGUCCCUGCGGCCCAUUGGCAACAUCGUGCUCAUCUGCUGCGCGUUCUUCAUCGUCUUCGGCAUCCUGGGAGUGCAGCUCUUCAAGGGCAAGUUCUACCAUUGCGAGGGAGCCGACGUCAGAAACAUCAGCAACAAGUCGGAGUGCCUGCAGGCGCGCUACCGCUGGGUCCAGAGGAAGUACAACUUCGACAACCUGGGCCAGGCCCUCAUGGCGCUCUUCGUCCUGUCCUCCAAAGACGGCUGGGUCAACAUCAUGUACGACGGCCUGGACGCGGUGGGCGUGGACCAGCAGCCGGUGCGCAACCACAACCCCUGGAUGCUGCUCUACUUCAUCUCCUUCCUGCUCAUCGUCAGCUUCUUCGUGCUCAACAUGUUUGUGGGCGUCGUGGUGGAGAACUUCCACAAGUGCCGCCAGGACCAGGAGGAGGAGGAGGCUCGGCGGCGCGAGGAGAAGCAGAUGCGCAGGCUCAACAGGAGGCGCAGGAAAGCUCAGCAGCAGCCGUACUACGCGAACUAUUCCCCCGUCCGGCUCUACAUUCACACACUGUGCACGAACCACUACCUGGACAUUUUCAUCACCAUCAUCAUCGCGGUCAAUGUGGUCACCAUGUCCCUGGAGCACUACAACCAGCCCCGGUACCUCGAGGAGGCUCUCAAAUACUGCAACUACUUCUUCACUGUGGUCUUCGUGCUUGAGGCGCUGCUGAAAUUCGUCGCGUUCGGAUUUCGGAGGUUCUUCAAAGACAGAUGGAAUCAGCUGGACCUGGCGAUCAUUCUGCUGUCCAUCUUGGGGAUCAUACUGGAAGAGAUCGAGAUCAGCGCCGCCCUGCCCAUGAACCCCACCAUCAUCCGCAUCAUGCGUGUGUUGAGGAUUGCUAGAGUGCUGAAGCUGCUGAAGAUGGCCACUGGCAUGAGGGCUUUGUUGGACACUGUGGUCCAGGCCUUACCGCAGGUGGGAAACCUGGGCCUCCUCUUUAUGCUCCUGUUCUUCAUCUAUGCCGCCUUGGGGGUGGAGCUCUUUGGGAAGCUGGAGUGUACAGACGAGAACCCGUGCGAGGGGCUCAGCAGACACGCCACGUUCGAGAACUUUGGCAUGGCCUUCCUGACCCUCUUCAGGAUCUCCACGGGGGACAACUGGAACGGCAUCAUGAAGGACACGCUGCGCGAGUGUCAGAGCGAGAAGCACUGCCUGAGCUACCUGCCCUACAUCUCGCCGCUCUACUUCGUCACGUUCGUGCUCAUCGCCCAGUUCGUGCUGGUCAACGUCGUGGUGGCCGUGCUCAUGAAGCACCUGGAGGAGAGCAACAAGGAGGCCCGGGAGGAUGGCGAGCUGGAUGUUGACACGGAGGCGGAGACGACGCGCCGCCUCAGUGCCGCUUCGGGGACCGUCGAACUGGACUCCGAGGGAAGGGCCACCUAUGUGGGGCCGGUGCCCACCUCCUCCAGACAGGAUGAAGAGUCCCGCUUUUACCCUGCUGAGGAAGGUUCCCUCUCACUGCAGAAGGUGUCAGUGUCGAGGAUGCACUCCCUGCCCAACGACAGCUACAUGUUCCGCCCAGUGAGACCGACCAGCGCCCCUCAAACCCUGCCAGAGGAUGAUCCCGGUGGGCAGAGCCACCACUUAGGCUCUGUGACGUCCGUCCGUUCGCAGCCCUGCGUGGGAAGCUUGCUGCUGCAGGUCCCUGACGCGGCUCCGUGGGAUGGGAGCGAGGAGCCGCCUAGGAUACGGCCGCCGCCGAGGCCCUCGUCCGGAGGCAGCAGGUCGCUGCGCAGACAGGGGGCCGUGAAGAGGGACUCCGUGGAAACUCAGAGUGUCGAGCGGCUGGAGCGGCAUCGCAGUCUGCACCUGCGUGUGCCUGUGUCAGAGAGCCUGGUACCGCCCUCUCCCACCCCUGAGGGGCACGGCUUCGCCCGGCUCCGCGCCUCCAGCGCUGUGCCCUUUGAGCGGCGCAGCCUCCCCUGCCGACCGUCUCGACCCAACGACCUGCCACCUGGCUUGGUGGACCUGGAAGACGAGGAGGUGUGGCACAUAAACAGCUCGGCACGGUCACUGGUGGGGGUCGGCCAGCCUGUCACACGCAGCCACUCUCUGUCGCCGUGCGCCGCACCCGACGCCAAGCUGCCUGUGCCGCCGAAGAGUGGUAGUGCCGCUCACCUGCCGGCGUGUGGCGCCAAGGACAAGGACCUGAGGAAGUUCUACAGUGUGGACGCGCACGGCUUCCUGGCCAAGCCGUCGUGGGCAGAAGAUACCCGACGCCACUCCAUCGAAAUCUGCCUCCCUGCUGACGAUGGCCAGGGCGCGACCCCCAGGACUCCGCCACCUCGGCGCCCGGCCGGCCCAAGGAAGAAGAAGAUGAGCCCGCCCUGCGUCCCCACGGAGCCCCCCGUUGCAUCCCUCGCCGUGCCCCCAGAGAGCAGCACGCUGCUGCGGAGGAGGACGCCCUCCUGCGAGGCGUACCCUCAGGAUGCCGCGGAACCGGCGCCGCCCGCCGACCCCCUCCCGGUCCGACGCGACCAGCUCUCCUUCGACCAGUCAGACCUGAGCUCGCUGAGCAGCACGUCCGAGGUCCUGUCGGACAGUGAGGCGUCCGCUGGCUCGCCGUCCUGCGGCCGUGGGCAGAACGGAGGCCUGCCGGAACCCACGGAGACGUGCAGCGCCAGGAGCCCACUGAGGAAGAGAGGGCCGGUCCGUGCCGCGGGCUCCGGGAAGGAGGACCGAGACAAUGCGCAGGCGUAGCACCAGCUGGACCCCUGGCAGACAUCACCACUGGAGGCCAGAGACGGGUGACAUCGAUCAGGGCACCCCGUCCCCCCACUCAGCCGGACACACUGACAGGGUCAUUUAUUUAUUGUCAGCUCUGUGGGGGGGGGGGGUGUCUGGGUAUGCACAUAUUUUUAUAGCGAACGGGACAUUUUGCACAUAUCAGCUUGAACUUCAAGUGGGUUCGUGUUUUACUGUCUUUCUGUGAACGUGCAGGUUUUUUUUAUUAUUAUUGUUAAUAAUUAUUAUUAUUGCCGUUGUUAUUACCUGUUGUUACUAUUAUUUAAGCGAGUAGGGUGAGUCGCCGUUGACCUGCUGAAAGUGGAUUUUUAUUUUUUUACUCUGCGGAGAUAGACUUUUUAUACCGAUGAAAUCCAAGGGAAACAAACCAAACAGUAGAUUGUGUGUCCGCCGAGUGCAAUAAAGGAGGUUCAGGGUUCGAUGCAGGGCGCAGAGAUUGUGCUUCUGGACCAGUCACUUUGCUCUCAAGGGUUCCUUCUUAUCCUUCCCUUCGAGCCCCAUGUUCUGCGCUCGUCCCUGUCCUCGUCUUUCGGUCCCACACGGACUCAGCUGGUGAGCAGAACCGCAUUUUCUCAUUUCUCAUCUAUUUAUAUUGAUGUGACACAAAACUGUGUCUUUAUUUGCAUUCGCUGGGCAGGAAUGGAAAUGGAAUAGCGCACGUUUUGUUCUCACAGGCUCGCUUUUUAUAUCCCGAAUAGACGUCCCGUUCACGCCGCGGGUUUGACGUCCUUCUUGACACGGUGCCUUCAGACUUGCGACUUCUGGGGACGUGAAUAUAUGAGCUUCUCACUUGAAAUGGUGUGAGUGUGAGUACUGCACGCAAGCUAAGUAAUGAGUUGUUUUUUUUGUUCCCCUGGUGUUUGCACCCUCCUGAGACCCAGCAAGAAAGGGUUUUUGGAGGAACUCCUCAGGUUUCUGGGACGUUGUCCAGGUGUCCUUUCACGGCACAGCACGUCCUGUGGCAGGUGCAAUGAGAAGGAACACUGUGGCCUGGACAGGUGAGGAGAAGUACCGACAAAAUGUACGUCCUCUAGAGUGGACAAAAAUGACAGGAAUGGCUGGUUUCCAGGAAAGUGGAAUUCACACCGUGAGGGGAAACGCGACGUCGGCGAAUGAGAUGUUGUCAGGGGCACAUGCACUGGUCCACGCAGCCGUGCCACGUGGCUAACCGUCACACACGGGCCAUUAGGUCACGCGGAAGGAGGAAGGUCUCUGGCUGUGUACAGGCUGGGGUGAACGAAAGAGCGUCGACACCUGCAUUCGAGCGACGUCCGUCCCUGAAGUGCGUUGACAACGUCGUCGUUGCUGUCGGUUGCUGUCGAUUGCUGUCGGUGUCCAUGUGGCGCCUCUCGGAGACGCCGUUCCGCCGACGGCCCUCGCGGAUAAGGGAUAAGGAACUGAACAGUACCUUUUUACAUCCAGUUACAGUAUGUCUCACAUGUUCUCCUGUGAUCGUGACGACGUGGCCCCCGACGUGGCUCCUAACUAACAGCUUCAUGUAGCCCACGGCAAGAGGCUCCGAGACGGGGAAGGGGCCCGAUGAAGGUUGCGACGAGGGGCCCGCGAGCGAUGCCUCCCGCGAGAAGAGGCCUAUAAAACGUAGCACACAGAUCUUGUAGCGUUUCGGGACAUUCUUCACGGACGUGUCGGGGGCUGCGGUGCGUGGAAAGUGUGUGUGGAGUGUCACACUGAUCACUGCUUCUCACUGUCACUUAUUAAUAAUGUACAGAGAAAAAGUCUGAAUUAAUUAUAUCCUCCACUGACAUCUUGUACUUUUAUCUCUCUCUCUCUCUCUCUCUCUCUCUCUCUCUCUCUCUCUCUCCUUUUUCCUGUCCAGACUGUGAUAAAAGUGUUACUACGUCAUGUUUGUGUGUCUGGGUGUCAUUAUCUGUGAAGAGUAUUAUCUGGACAUGGAAGAUGAGUGCAGUGUGUGGAGGGCAAACAAUAAAACGCCAGUAUGUGAUCAGUAAGAGCCCUCCUUCCGCCAGUAAAAAUAUACACUAUGUUCCUGAUUUGUCCAGAGAGAAACCAGCUCUUCACAUGAAACAUGUUUAAAAAAUGAUCGUCUGUUUUGCAGAGGGAAGAGUCUCAACCGAGGAAAGAGCUAUCGAUGACACUAAUGUCUCAUGGCUGUUUGUUUGUUUGGUUGGUUGGUUUGGGUUUAUUUUUUCUCACCCUCGUUUGUCGUUUGCCGUUUUACUUUUUUUAGCCAAAGACGUCAUUUUAUAACUUUUCAUGAUCACUUUUUUCCACUCUCGUUCCUAUGUUUUGAUAUGUCUUGCUCUCCGACUUG